AUGGAAAUGGAAGCUGUGGUGGCCCGGAAGGAAGAACAUGAUGAUGACGAUGAUGAGCUGGGAGCGGCGGCGGACGGCGGCGUUUCGGUGACGUGGAAGGAUCUGUACGUUACAGUUGGCGGCGGUCGGCUGACGAUCCUGGAAGGGCUGACGGGAUAUGCGGAGCCCGGGGAGGUGCUUGCUAUCAUGGGUCCUUCUGGAUGCGGCAAAUCAACCCUGCUCGACGCUUUGGCAGGAAGGUUGAGUUCAACGGCGCAGCAAAGUGGAGACAUCCUAAUCAACGGUCGGAAAGAGAGUUUAGCUUAUGGGACCUCGGCCUACUUGACACAAGACGACACUUUAAUGACGACACUCACAGUGAAAGAGGCAGUCUACUACUCAGCACAACUCCAGCUGCCAGAUUCCAUAUCAAUCGCCGAGAAAAAGAAACGAGCAGAGAUGGUGAUAAAGGAAAUGGGCCUUCAGGAUUCACUGAACACUAGAAUUGGCGGGUGGGCCGUUAAGGGCCUGAGCGGCGGGCAGAAGAGGAGAGUUAGCAUAUGCAUUGAAAUGUUAAGGAGGCCCAAGUUGUUAUUCUUGGACGAGCCCACCAGUGGGCUCGAUAGUGCAGCUUCUUACCACGUCAUGAGCAGGAUUCUGAAGCUUGCUCAAAACGACAGGAUCACUGUCGUUGCUUCAGUUCAUCAGCCAAGUAGUGAGGUUUUCCAGCUCUUUCGAAACCUAUGUCUCCUCUCUUCUGGAAGGACAGUCUACUUUGGUCGUGUUGCUUCGACUGAACAGUUUUUCACUUCCAAUGGUUUCCCCUGUCCAACUCUGAGAAACCCUUCUGACCAUUAUCUUCAAACCAUCAACAAGGACUUCGAUCAGGUAAUAAGAUUACUCAUAUGUACUGCUACAUAUUACCAGGAAGACAUUGAACAAGGGCAUGGUGGUUCAGUAAGAACAGAGGAAGUCAUUAGUAUUCUUGUUUCUUCAUACAAAUCAUGUGUGAUUCGACAGCAAACUGAACAACAUGUUAAUACCUUAUGCCAACAGAAAGGAGGAACUUUUGGCAAGAAAGGAGGACAAGCAAGCUUCAUCACUCAAUGCAUUGUUCUUACCCGGAGAUCCUUUCUGAACAUGUAUCGUGACCUUGGCUAUUACUGGCUUCGCCUAGCAAUCUACAUUGCCUUGAGUUUAUGCACUGGAAGUAUAUUCUAUGAUGUUGGCUUUAGCUUUGGCUCAAUUCAGGCCCGAGGAACGAUGCUCAUGUUCGUCGCAGCAUUCUUGACUUUCAUGGCAAUUGGUGGAUUCCCUUCUUUCAUCGAGGAUAUGAAGAUAUUUAGACGAGAGAGGCUGAAUGGCCACUACGAAGUGGGAGCAUUUGUGGUUGCGAACACAUUAUCCUCCAUCCCAUACCUCUUUCUAAUAUCCUUAAUCCCAGGAGUCAUAGCUUACUUUCUCGUGGGACUUCAGAAAAGCAUCGAACACUUCACCUACUUUGCUCUCUUGUUGUUCGUCACAAUGUUGCUGGUAGAGAGCCUCAUGAUGAUGGUGGCGAGCUUUGUGCCUGAUUUCUUGAUGGGGGUGAUAACAGGAGCUGGAAUUCAAGGUGUGAUGGUGCUAAAUGGAGGUUUCUUUAGGUUGCCCAAUGACCUUCCUAAUCUCUUUUGGAAGUACCCUAUGUACUACAUCUCAUUCCAUAAGUAUGCGAAUCAAGGAUUCUACAAGAACGAGUUUGAAGGGUUGACAUUCCCCAAUCCUCAACAAGGAGCUAAUUCUUCCAUCUCGGGUGAGGAAAUUUUGAGGAGUGUUUGGCAAGUAGAUACAGGGUACUCCAAGUGGAUUGAUAUCGCUAUAUUAUUUGGAAUGGUGGUUUUUUAUCGGCUCAUGUUUUUGGGGAUUGUGAAGCUUGGUGAGAAGGUUAAGCUGAUGUUGAAAAAAAGAGUUGGGUCAUCCAAGAAAACAAGCCCUGUGGUAGAGAUAUGACUUGAUAUUUCAAAGUUAAUGUUAAUUGGCUAUUUAUUGAUUGAUAUCAAUUGCAUUUUUAUCUUUAAUGUUGUUUAACAACGAAGAUAAUUACUCUCCUGUGA